UUCUUACCCGUGGCAUAAUCUGAGCCUAAUAACUAGUUUAACAGCCCAAAACAUGCGAAAUCCCUAAAUUCUCUUGCUCUUCUUGAAUCGUCUUCCUCUUCCUCCCAUUUUCUCUUUCUACUCUGCAAAUUCAGCUAAAUCUCUAAUUUGUGGAUCUUACGAAUCUGCGAUUCGAUCCUGCUAGCUCAUCACAAUCCAAAGUAGGAUCGUGAUCCUGACAACAGUCAAAGACUCAAAGGAAAAGUCGAAUUGAAGAAAAUGUUUUGCUAUGUCUUGUAAAUCAGUCGACGAUUCAGUCGGAGACUCCGAGUGUCCGACUCCGACAGACAGUGGCUUCAAGUCAGUGUUCGCCGUUCAGUUCUUAAGACUUACAUGAGAAGCUGAUCCUCAGGCGACGCCCACAACCAGCCCCCUCAACACCCAUCUUUCACCAGGGUUUCUAUAAUUUGCAGAAAUUCUAGAAUUCAUACUAAUUGAAGAAUAAGAAGAAGAAAGAAAACUAAGGAGGAGGAUCCAGAUGCCAAGAACAAUCGGUCGCACCUUGCUCACUUGCUGAAGCUUCUUUUGCCAGAUGACUAAGACUCCAUAAUGAAGUCUGGAAUCUUGUUGAUUCAAGGAGUGCUGAUAUUCAAAUAUCUAUAUUAGCUGAGCUUGUACUGAAUGAUGUAACAGGUGGUGUACCAAAGGACGAUAUGGCAGAUCCUCCCCCUGUUAAUAGCCCGAGAAGAGUUCUCAGCCUGUCAAGGAGGAGGAAAGGUGCUGGCUUCUUCCUGGACGUUGAUGAUAAGGCUUCUGGAUUUGGUCUAUCUGGUCAGCAUGGACCAAAACCAGCUGAAGUAUAUGGAUUUGUGGGUUCUAUAACAAUUAUCGUUGCCACAGCCAUAUUCUUCAUAUGGGCAUAUGUUCCUGAGCGCUGGCUGCAUUCGGUUGGAAUCUCUUACUAUCCUAGCAGGUAUUGGGCUGUAGCUGUACCAACUUAUUGCAUGGUCAUAAUAGUUUUAGGACUGGCAUUUUAUAUAGGCCUCAACUUUAUGGCAACACCUUCUCCAACUUCCUUACAUGUUAUCUUUGAUGAGCACAGCAGAGAGCCACAAACCUCAAGGGCGUUGACUGGUGAAGAUGAUCAACCCAUUGAACCCAUCUCAGAUAUUGGCAUCAACCGCAUAAACGAGCUCAUGUUUAAAGAUUUUAAAUGACAGGUGUGUAUUUUGACAUCUAACCAUCUAGGUACACCCUUGGACUAGAAUAUGGACAAUAUCUGAAAGGGUUUUUGCUGAUAUAGUAGCGGAGUAGAGACGUUUCUUUCCCUCCACAUUAUGAAAAAAAAGUAAAAGGUCUCGGGACGAAAAUAAUCCUAUUUGGCCACCGUACAUCGCUAACAUCAGGCACUCCGCUUGAAUGUAGAUUAUGUUUAUAUGUUCAAAGGCAAUCCGUGUCAACAUUGAGGGAUUUCCUUAUGAUUUCUCUACAUUCAUGGUCCAUCUUCAUAGCAGUGUAUCAUACGCAAACACUUUAACCACACAGCAAUAAACUACGGUUCCUCUGAGAGCCACAUGGUAACAAUUGGUAGCAAGGGGAAACGAAAAACACGUACCUGGUAAUGGUAAGUGUUAAACCCAGUCCCUCGAGAUGGAAGUUUAGGGGGAAAAGCCUUACUUUGGACGUGGUGGGAUGCCUUGUGCCUGUUUACCAGAAUCAACAUCUCCAAACUCGAAGGAUCCUACUGGAUGUAGUGUCGAAUUGGUUGGCCAAGUUGGUUUUGAGGUGGUAAUUUGGGUGUGGUCUUGGGUACUUUUUUGGGGUGCAGAUAACAAAUUGUUUUGGAUCAGGUUUUUUGGUUUGGGUAUUGUGGAUUUAGUUUGUUUCAUGUAUUCUGUCUUUUUUGGCCUUUUGCCUUCCAGUUUCACAUGUAUUGAUGUUGUAAGUUGUAAGACUUGUAACACAUUAUAGUGUCUUUUUGCUUAAAAUUUCUCCCA